UUUCACAUGAGCCCUAAGCAGAAUCUGGAGUAUGGCUGGCUGGCCUACAUGUUGGGAGACAGAACUAUUAAAAAGUUGGGCAAAAACAGCAAAGUUUUUACAGUGGAGGGCAACUUAUCUUCUGGGAAGGGCAAACUUGCACAACAAAUAGCAGAAAAAUUAGGAAUGAAAUAUUUCCCAGAAGCAGAUAUCCAUUACCUAAACAGAAUCACAGGAGAUGGCACGCUGCUGGAUGAGAAGUUCAAUGGCUUUUGUAACCUCGAGAGGUUUUACAACGAUCCCAAAUGUCCCGACGGGCACUCUUACCGACUGCAGGCUUGGCUGUAUGGUAACCGUGUCUUGCAGUACGCCGAUGCGCUGGAGCAUUUGCUGAGCACAGGACAAGGGGUGGUGCUGGAGCGCUCUCCCUAUAGUGAUUUUGUGUUUUUGGACGCGAUGUUUAAGGAAGGCUACAUCCACAAACGAUGUCUUGAUCACUACAAGCAGAUCAAAGAAAUAAGCAUCUGUGAAUUUCUGCCGCCUCACUUGGUCAUUUAUAUAGAUGUGCCUGCUUCAGAGGUACAGAAAAAGAUUCAAGAGAAAGGAGAGACAUACGAAAAAAAGGUGUCUACUGCUUAUCUCCAGCACAUUGAAGAUUCAUACAAGAAAACUUUCCUACCAGAGAUCAGUGAGACCAGUGAAAUUUUGCAGUACACCUCAAGUGAGAUAGAAGAUGUGGAGAAGGUGAUUGAAGAUAUUGAGUACCUGAAAUUUGAGAAGGGGCCCUGGCUGGAGCAGGAUGAUGUUUCUUUCCAUAAUUUAAGACUUCAUGUUCAGGACAAGACUGGAUUACUAGAUCUUGUAGCCGUCCCUAUCUACAUUCCCGAAGUAACAAUUGGAGGCACGGAGUUUGAUAAAAUCUAUCAUGAGUAUCGAUCG